UGUAUUGAUACGGCUUGGGCCACCGUUGCCGCUGGUGCGGCUUCCUCCAAGGUCCCCGUGGCUACAAGCGAGGCUGUUACUAGCACUGCUGUUGCCCCUAGCGAGCCAAUCUCUACUACUGCCCCUGCGGUCGUUAGUACCCCCACGACACUCGUCAAAGUCACCCGUUCUACUCAACCAUCUCUUACCACUGCGCCUGCCGUUGUCGCUGCCCAGUCGGUCAGCCAGGCUGCUGGAACAGGAUCGUCCUGUGUGGUGACUGCUUAUGCUUCCAUCUCCUCCGCUGUGGAGUCUUGCACAAACAUUGUGCUUUCCAACAUCUCUGCUCCUCCGUCUAGCACGAUUGACUUGCAGAGUCUUCAGACUGGUGCUACCGUCACCUUCGCAGGUACCACCACGUUCGGUGACACCUUCGAUGACGACUUCGAUCCUAUUGUCAUCUCUGGUCAUGAUAUCACCAUUACUGGAGCUUCUGGCCAUGUGAUUGAAGGUAAUGGAGCAGCUUACUGGGAUGGCGAGGGAUCAAACGGUGGUCAGGACAAGCCCGACCACUUCAUCGUCCUCAAGAAGCUUUACAACUCUCAGAUCACCAACCUCAACAUCAAGAACUGGCCCGUUCACUGUUUCGAUAUCACCGGUGUUCAGCACGUCACCAUUUCCGGCCUUACCUUGGACAACUCGGACGGUGAUGAGCCCAACUCUGCUAGCGGUGACGAUGCUGCCGCGCACAACUCCGAUGGAUUCGACAUCUCUUCCAGUGAUUAUGUCACUCUGGAAAACAUUGUUGUCUACAACCAGGAUGACUGUGUUGCCGUCACAAGUGGAACUCAGAUCGUGAUUGACAAUGUCUACUGUUCCGGUGGUCACGGUCUGAGCAUCGGCUCCAUUGGUGGCAAGAGCAACAACACUGUCGACACUGUCACUUUCAAGAACUCCCAGGUCGUGGACAGCCAGAAUGGCUGCCGCAUCAAGAGUAACUCUGACACUACUGGUAGUGUCAGCAACAUUAUUUAUCAGAACAUUACCAUGUCUGGUAUCUCCGACUACGGUAUCGACAUCCAGCAGGACUAUCUCAAUGGCGGCCCCACUGGGGAGCCCACCAACGGCGUCAGCAUCAGUGACGUUACUUUCACUGAUAUCACCGGUACUUGCACCGAUGAUGCCUAUGACUACUAUAUUCUCUGUGGUGAUGAUAGCUGCUCCGGCUUCACUUUCACCGAUGUUUCUAUUACUGGUGGUGGUGAGACUAGCUCCUGCAACUACCCUUCCACUGGUUGCCCUUCGUAA